AAAAAUCUUAUUAUUGUUUUUAUUUUAGGUAUAAGCAGUGGUUUACCAUUAGUUAUUACAGGUUCAAUUCUUAAAGCAUUGUUAUUUGACUAUAGCAUAGAUUUUAAAACAAUAGGAGUGCUAGGGUUAGUUACAACCCCAUAUUCUUUCAAAUUUCUUUGGUCACCAUUGAUUGAUUACUUAAAAAUUCCAUUUCUAAGUAGACAGCUUGGUCAUAGAAAAUCAUGGAUAUUGGUAUCUCAAGUUUUUUUAAUAACUUUAAUUAUAUUAUUUGGUAAGAUAAAUCCUCAAACUAAUAUGUUAUGGUUUGCUAUAUGUGGGUUUUUUCUUGCAUUUUUCUCAGCAACUCAAGAUAUUUGUAUUGAUGCUUAUAGGAUUAAAAUAUGA